CCGAUUAUAAUAUACCAGCCGCGCCGAUGGAGUUAGACUGAAGUACACGGUCAAAAUAAUAAAACUGACCGUGCUACGCCCCCUGUUGCCUAUUCAAGGUACGUGUGACCUCGUCAAUACGAUAUUCUAUUGGAGCCACUAUUUCACUGCAAUAGAAUAGCUGCAUAAAAUAGAACCCGGAGGCCAUUGCCAAAUGCAUUAUGUGCAAAUAAGUAGCGUCACAUGGAAUCGCUGUACUGCUUAACACUGUUCUUCGAGCAUUGGAGAUAAACGUGAAACGAAACGACGAUGGUACUCAACAUGAACACUAGUUUUCGUCUCUUCGUCUUGUUGGUGGUAUUCUUAAUCGUUCUGACGACUGAGAUCGCCUGGAAGCUGGACGUCGGAUUCUCCACAGGCAUUGGUCCAGGAAAUGCCCGGCCGAAAAUCAACAGUAUUUUUUCAAAGUCCAAUUCUUCAAAUUCCAAUUUUUCAAAGACGGCAAGAGACCAGCGUACAUCGAAUCAAGGAUAUAUAACCGUGGUACCUGCCGAGGAACCAGGGAAAGACAGAAGCCAUGCAGUUCCAAAUGCUACCCCAGUCCCCCGUCCACCAUCUGUAACCGAUGAUAAAAACAACUCUCAUGAACCGAAGAAACAGAACCGAAUCGUCAUCAUCGGCUCCGGACCCACUGCUCUGGGCGCUGCUAAAAGACUGUACGAUCUCGGUCAAGGCAAAAACAACAGCGUGAUCACCAUCCUGGAAGAGCUAGGUAGACCAGGAGGCCUUGCUUCUUCUACCAGGGAUGAAAAAGGUUUUCUCUGGGACGUCGGAGUUCAUGUCGUAUUCUCCCACUACACUUACUUCGAUCGAGUUCUGAACAUGGCAGUACCCGAGUGGAACUACCGGCGCAGGGCGUCAUUUGCCUUCAUGAAAGGAUCAGAUGACAAGAGGAGAUUCAUUCCUUAUCCAGUUCAGAACAACAUCCACGUCAUGGAUAAAAUUGAUCAGCAGAAAAGCCUGAAAGGAUUAGAGGAGAUUACCAAAAAUCCCAUCACCCGUAAACCCAAAAAUUUUGACGAGUGGCUGCUGCAGAAAUUCGGAGUGGGUCUGGCAGACGUCUUUAUGAGGAAAUACAACCGGAAAAUUUGGACAGUUGACACCAAAGAAAUGAACUCAGCCUGGGUUGGUGAGCGGGUUGCCGUACCAGACAUUGAAGAGAUCAAGACCAAGAUUAAAGAGGUGGAUAACGGGAUAGAGGCCAAGGAUUCCGAGUGGGGACCGAACCGUUUCUUCCGUUUCCCCAAAUAUAAUGGAACUGGUGGGAUUUGGCAGUCAGUUGCAAGAAUGCUUCCAAGCCACUGGUUCAGAUUUCACGAAAAAGUAACAGGUAUAGAUAUAGACCGGAAAAUUAUCACUGUCGAGGCUGGAACGGAUAGUAAGACACAUUACACCUUAGAAUACGAUACCUUAUUCUCGACGGUCCCCUUAGACGUCUUUACAUCCUCCUUGCAGAGCAAAGAUACAUCUUUGGAGCAGAUGCGGCAGCUCGCAUCCCAACUGGUGUACACACACACUCACAUCGUAGGCGUCGGCCUCACCGGUCACCUACCCAAGGACCUCGCUGAUAAAUCUUGGGUGUAUUUCCCGGAUUCUGAUUCUCCGUUUUAUCGUGUAACAAUGUUCUCCAAUUAUUCAGAUGACCAUGUACCCAAAUCGGGAGCUUUUUGGUCGCUUAUGUGCGAAAUAGCAGAACCACAGAAAAAUUCUAACCCAGCGUAUUGGAGUAAGGAAAACCUGAUAAAAGAAUCCAUUCAAGCCUUAGUGUUGUACGGGUUCAUCACUGCUGAUAUGGUAGUCUCCAAGCACUACCGUCUCUUGGACCACGGAUACCCCGUCCCUUCACUUAAAAGAGAUAUGCUCCUUGACACGAUACAACCUUGGCUGAAAACCAAAGACAUCUACUCCCGUGGACGGUUUGGAGGUUGGAGAUACGAGGUUGCAAAUCAAGAUCAUUCCUUCAUGCAAGGGGUCGAGGCCGUGGACAAGAUCCUAAGCGACGUUCAGGAGUUGACUUACCCUGAUCCGAAUCUUGCCAACUCUAAGAAAAAUACGGAUCGCACCAUCCCCUUGGAUUAUGAAAUCGUCAUCGCUCAUUAUAACGAGAAUCUUGAUUGGCUGAAGCUUUAUGCCAACCGCACGCUCGUCUACUCUCAUGGGAACGACCUGGGUCCGCCAUUCCAGUUCUAUUCUUGGGAACGGCUUAAAAAUGUCGGCCGAGAGGCGCAUGUGUAUCUUACUCACAUCACCACUUACUACGAUCGGCUAGCCGAUGUGACCGUCUUUCUUCAGGGGGACAACUUCAGGGGACGAUGCUUUAAAAGUGUGCCGCAAACUAUCGCGAAUGCCAAGAAGGGUGUGCCCUGUCGAAGGCUCAGAAAUUGGUACACCGCCUGGGGUAAUAUCAAUUUUCCCCAGUGGUACCUUGACGGUUUCAAGAAAAAAAAUAUUCCCAUGCUGAGGGCGAACCGGACCCUUGGUGAGGUGUACCAGGACCUGUGGGGGUCUCCUCCGCCUAAGCCAGGGAUAAGGUACUGUUGGAACGCAUGUUUAGGAGCAACUAAGGCCAUGAUUCAUAAACAUCCUUUGGAGUUGUAUCAGAAGGCACUAGGUUACGUUAGCACAUACUCCAACCAGGAAGAAGCGCAUUAUUUAGAGAGGUUUUGGUUCCACAUGUUCACAUAAUACUCGAACUGCUAUGCAAAGCUCAUUUAUGUCGAAAGCUUCUUGUCUUCAGUCUCGCAUCCAUUCAAUUCAACCGCUGCAGCGGUGUGAAAGGAAUGGGAAAAACGAGAACUACCGACAUGAACGCAAUAACCACCUGCAUGGUAUUUCGGCGCAUAUACCACAGAGCUAGGACGUAAUAAAGUGCGACUCGGCAUUAAACACGGGACAGAUGAUUUCUAGAGUUGCAGCCAUGGGCGUCGCAAGGGGGCGCUAAAAAGUCUAUAAAACGGAUAGCUCCAUGGCUCGAGUAGCUCACCCGGAUCGAACUGGGUUAGCCCCGUGCCGUUCGAUUGUCUGACGUCAUUCUCGGGGCUUACCCGGGUCAACCACCACCGACCCGGCUCGUGGAUAGCCCGCGGUUAUUUUGAGCAUGUGAUUAGCCCGGCUGUCGUGGCUAACCCGUCUGCCUUUCCCGAGUCGGUCCGGGUGAGCUACUCGAACGCACCCAUAGAGCGAUUGCAUUCAGCAGCCAUCUUGGUGUAAUUAGUUAUGUUUAUUCCUUAACAAUGAACGCACACGAGGCCUGUAUCCAUGUUGAACAGAAGCACACACUUCCAAGGUGGCUGCAGCGCAAACGGUCUAUAGAGGGCAGUUGGUUUCCUGGAGGUGUUGUGUUGUGUAGGGUUCCUCCAAUUAAAGACACAGAUAUAGGAAUAUUUUAAGUUAUCCCAAUUGUAAUUGAAAAAAACCUUACAUUAAAGAUCUAACUGGUGAUAGCCACCACGUGAAUUUUU